CAAGAGGUAAAGAAUUAUAAAGAAUAGCAAUGACUCCUUUCUUAUAUUAUCUGUUCCUUUUCUGAGUUCUAGAAAGUCUCCGUGGAAGACAUUACUGAAAUAAACCUCAAUCAUAAGGAAUUGCUGGAUUGUCUUGCCUUGUCCUAUUUAAAGGCUAGAUCCAGGGCCUGAGGGAGCUCGCAAGACCAAGAUCAACAAGUAGGGGCAUAAGAAGCUUUGGAGGAACCUGUUUUCACUUGUUCUGCCAUAGGAAAUGAUGCUCCAGAAACUUGCUGUGUGUUUACCACGGGUUCUGCCAGCCAGCUUGGGAGGGCACUUACCUAUUCUUUCAUUAGUGAAGUACACCAUUAUCUUGAACUAAUUAUUCCUCUCCACAUGGCCUUUCUACUAGUGUCAGCUUAUCUCCUGCUGGCUCAUGCUCAGGGUGCUCCUGAUGAGAACGGGGCACUGUUGGAAACACUGAAGUCACAAGUAGGAUUAUUCAGCAAUAAAAGUGAACACUAUUCAGCACAGGUGAGACCUCCUGGCACAAGCCGACAAAUACCUCAGACAAUCAUCAUAGGAGUUCGUAAAGGAGGAACAAGGGCUUUGCUGGAAAUGUUGGAUAUUCAUCCUAAUAUUGUGGUAGCAGCUACAGAAGUCCACUUCUUUGACUGGGAUGAAAAUUAUGUGAAAGGAAUAGACUGGUAUAGAAGUCUGAUGCCGUUUUCUUAUGGAAAUCAAAUUACAAUUGAGAAAACACCAGGCUAUUUUACAUCACCAGAGGCUCCAGAAAGAAUUCAUGACAUGAAUAGCUCCAUUAAACUGCUCCUCAUUCUGAGAGAUCCCACGGAGAGAGUUAUAUCUGACUAUACCCAAGUAUAUUACAACAGAGUAGAAAGCCACAAGCCUGUUCAGCUCUUUGAAGAUAUUGUUAUUAAGAAUGGAGCACUUAAUACCAAAUACAAAGCUAUUCAGAGAAGCCUAUAUGAUGUUCAUAUGGAAAAGUGGCUUAAGCAUUUCAGUUUGGAUCAGAUUCACAUAGUGGAUGGCAAUACUUUGAUCAAGGACCCUCUUCCUGAGUUACAAAAAGUUGAAAGAUUUCUAAAUCUUCCUUCCAGAAUUAUGUCUUCGAAUUUUUAUUUUAACCAAACCAAGGGAUUCUACUGCAUUAGAAGUGAUGGAAGGGAGAGAUGUUUACAUGAAUCCAAAGGGCGUCCCCAUCCUCUUGUUAACAACACUGUUUUAGAGCAACUGUAUUCUUAUUUCAGAGAGCACAAUGCAAAAUUUUACAGAAUGGUUAACCAUUCCUUUGACUGGCAUUAAUGCAUUUGGAAUCAAUGUUUCUUUUAAAGGGCCUGAAUCAAACUCUUUUAAACAUAUGUUUCUAAACUGUAGAGAUUCGUAUUACAAGAACUUAACAUACUGGUUACAUGCUUCAAUGGAAUAGCACAUCUUUUUGAAAUGGUACCCUUUUCUUUGGGAAAAAUAAGUAUAAUACAUUUGUAUAAUUACUGUGAGUCAUAUUCUGAUCUUUUCUCAUCAUGCAAAUACAUAAACUUCAGCAGACUUAAUUCAAAUACGUAUCUGUUACAGGAUUUGUGCUCUUUUGGCAAAGUGACUGCUUCUAACAGUGUAAAAAAUGUAAAUAUUUGAAAUGGUAUUAUUCUAACUGUUCUGUAUUUUUUGUUGUGUUUUUUAUAUCACACACAAUAAUAGUGGCAUUGAUUUCUAUGAUUUUUUCAUACAAGAACUUAAAUUGUAUGUUAAAACAGGGACAUAUGUAGUAGCUCAAAUAAGUAUUUAAUCCUCUGUUAAUAUGCCAAAGUUCUUAAUUAAUAAUAAAAGGAAUCUAUUUCACCUGUGAUUUUAAAUGGGAGAACUAGAAGGUCCCUGUCUAUAUACCAUUAGCAUUAAACCACACUCUUACUAUCUUGGGUUUGCAAAACAAACAGACAAACAUAUAAUCUCCAAAGUGAAAAUAUGAACAGCUUGAAGAAGAUUUAAGUGAGAGUUCUGAAUUUAAAGAAAUUAAAAUAUCCACGGCAACCUCAGUUUACACUAUUACUCUAGACACUAAAAAAUAUUAAUGCAAAAAAUAUUAAUAUAAUCAAAUAUUUGUACAGCUGCUGGUAUAAUUUACAUCUCUUUGCUCUUGAGUGGGAAAGCUCUUCAUUAGAACUGCCAUAUUAUUAAUGUUUGUAUUCUGUGACUAGUUAUUCUCUUGCUCUCCUGAUGUUAGUUUACAUAUCUCCAAUGGCACACUGAUUCUUGUUAAAAGAAAAAAAAAUUAUUUGCUUGCUCUCCAAAGCAUGGAGGAUUUUUGUCAUUUCUAAUGCACACAAUGGGAUGUUCUCAAAGUUACAAUUACAUCUUGCUGUACUGUAUAACUCAGAUACACUGUUCAAUAUGCCAAGUAUGAAAUAGUCAGAUUCUACAUAAACCCACCCCCAUCUAUACCCCUGCAUUAGGAAUUUUGUUUUGUUUUGUUUGAUAGUGUUGUGCUGGUCUGUUCUCCUUUUUCAUGUACACAUCUUAUUUUAUAUCAAAACCAAAGAAGAAAAUCAAGUUGAAAUGUUAAAUAUGGUGCCAGAUAGAACUACAAAUGCAAAUGUUCUUGUCUGACGUACCUUACAAUCCAGAAAAAGCGUUCAUUACGUGCAUUCCUCUUCAAGCUUCUCAGGACACUUCAUAGUGUGGGCCCACUCCGAGCAUUGCAGAAUCAAACUUCACCUGUCCCUGGAGAGGAUCUUGAAUCUGUUUCCUUCUGUUUAAACCAUGGUAAAGCUUCAGGACUGUACGUUCCUAACAUGGGAUUCAAUCUUCCAUUUCACAGACUAAAACGUAUGUAUUGCAGUGCUAAUUUUUAGGCUACCAAGAAGGGACUACUUAGAUGUUAGGCAGGUAGCAGUAGUCCACUGAAGCUGGACAGAAUUAGAUCCAGCCAGAUUAUGUGAAAAUAGCUUUCAUCAAAUGUUCCCUCAAUAAAGGUAAAAAUUUUUUAAAAAGAACAAUUAAAAAAUCUUAUUUUUUAUCUCUUCUGCUACUUGUAUGUGUAUAUAUGAGAGAAAAUUACAUUUGUCAUUACAUUAGCAUAUAAUUAACUUCUGAAAUUAUCUUUCUGAAGUAUGAUAAUUUAUUUCAGCUCUGAUUUCUACAGGGGAACCAAAUUGUUAUUUACUUCUUCCGCCUUUUCUGAGAUUGUGGCUUCUUAGUCAUUAAUAUGAUCAUAUCUGGGUACUACUCAGGAGUACAAAAAUUUAUGUUAAUCAGGUGCGGAAAUAUUAAUGUAUUUCUUUCAAAUCAGCCAAACAGGAUGUUUAUGUGGGUAUUACACCAUCUCUACAAGGACAUUGUACAGGCAAACUGUGAUAAUACAUUGUGUAGUCUAUAGUACCUUUUUUAACCCAAAAAAUUUCUGAACCCUCAAUCCGCAGAGUGAUUUUAUAUUGGAUCAACACUUUGUAUUUGAUGGGCACAGCAUUUUUAUCUAAUAAGAGAAGCCCCAAAUCCAGAAUCCCUAUAAUGUUUAACAUAACCUGUCCUUUCUGACCAAUGCAAUUUCAGUGAUUGAAACUCUUUCCAGUCCCUUAAUUUCAGAAAUGCAGUAUUGAAGGUAGCAGAACAACAGCAGUUUAUAUCAUAGAUUGUAGGUUUUCUUCAGCAUUGUUUUCUGUUUCUUAUACAUUCCAAAACUUCCCGUAUUCUCAUUUUGCUCUUUUCAAUACUGAUUUAAUUCAGUAGCAUUGAAUAAGGUUGGUGGGGUUUUUGUGUGUGUGUGUGUUUUUUGUUUUGUUUGUCUGUUUGUUUGGUUUGUUUUGUGGUUUUUUUUGGUUUGUUUUGGUUUUUGUUUGUGUGUUUGUUUGUUUUGCAAGAAGGUAACUUGAAAACCAUGUAUGCUUUAACAAAGGGUUUGGGUAGUUGCCAGUAACUGAAGAGUUCACUUGUCUUAUGUGUCACAAAAUACAAAAUUUCUAAUGUCUGUCUUUAUUUAUGCUUGCAGGCAUCAAGUCUGUCUCUUCUCUGAAGUUUACAGCUAAUCUUUAAAUGAGUUGAGUGCUGGAACACCAGUUGGCAGAAGCUGCAUGCAUCUUUGACAAUGCAGGUCCCUUUCCGGAAUUUACAUUUCAAGGAGAACUGCUCUGUAUGGAUUAGUGAUGCAUACAUCUACUUGAUUUGUUAACACUCUUCAGUCGUGCUGAGCAUUUUUGGGAAGGACAGAGUUGAUGUUCAAUGAUCAUUUUAGAAUGUAUCAAAAUAAAUAUUUUAUGCAUAGUAUAAUUUGGAAGAGGGAUUAGUUAUUUUGGUUUUUACAUAAAUCAAAAUUCUAAUCUGAAGUUUUGUUUUGGUAAGUGGUCUACAGAGAUGCAAUUUAACCUCUGCAUAACAGAAUUCAAUAAAUAUAGGAGACUAUAAUUUAACAUUACAAACUAUUUCACUCAGUUUCUCAUUUUGUGGUGCUGAAAAUAUUAUCUCAUGCAUUUCUGACCUUCUCCAUUCUUAUUAGCUUCAAAAGAUUACCCUUAUUCCCUUAUCCUCAGAAGGUGGAUCAGAUAAACUUAAUAGAAGAUGCACUGAACCAUACUUUAGUAAUACCGAAAUAAAAAGUCCUCAGUUUUUGGCACUUGGAAUUCAAAACUAGUCAAAUUUUGGAAAUAACUGGAGGCUCACAAUCAGCUUAAAGAUGUUAUUAGCAAGACGGUUCUCAAUUUAAGAAAUUAUAACUAUCUCUUCUAAAUUUCCACAAUAGGUAGUAAACCAUAAAUCGUUCUUCUCCAAAUUGGUCAUCAAAGGACUUUCACCUCAUCUGGUACUCAAGAGGUGUUCACAAAAAUAAAUUACAUGUGGGAAUGUUUCUCAAAGAGAUCAUGCAGUUGUUUUCAAGGUUGUUGGGAACAUUUGAAACAAUUGAUACAGUCACAUCUGUAAGACUACUGCAGAAUUUAUGAUGAUUCGAGGAGCUCUUUGAUGUUGUUUUGUAUUCAACGAAUAUUAAGCUUUCCUUUUAAAUACUGUUCCUUUUUUAUUAAAAAAAUGACCUAAUAUCACUGAAAAUUAGCAGUAUCAAGCAACUUUAACUGUGACUGGAUCAAUUUAGCCUUUGCCACAAUAAACAGUACACUCACAUCUAAUACCUAGGUGAGUCUAAUAUUAGAUUUGGGCUUUUUUUAUAUGGGCUGUAUAUAUCAUCUAUAGUACAUAAAGAAAAACCAUUAGGAAAUUUAAGAGCUAGGGCUUUGCCCCUGAAAGCUGCUAGUACUUAAGUAAUGGGAAUAAAACAAAGAGGUUCCUCUAUUGCACUCACCCCCGUUAUUUUACCAGGAAGAGGAUUGAGUUUUUGCAUUGUGUCCUCUGUAUCUUGAUGCUUAAAGGCCUUGGGAUGACUUCUUUUCUUUCAUUUCAGAGCUUAGUCUGGAUAGAGCAUUUACAGUUCCUCUUCAAUACCUGUUAAAGCAGAGACAUUUUUGGAAUAUCCGUAGGACAACUUAUGGAGAACUUUACAGAGGACGUACGGUCAGUACACACUAUUGUACAUUGCUACACAACAUUGACACUUCAGUAUCCUUUUGAUACAAAGCCAAUAGAUAAUCCUAUGAAAAGCAUCAAAGAAAAAUUAGACUGACUGCUGUAGGGAAGUGCAUCCACAUAGAGAGUUUUCAGUCUUCAUGCACAUUCCAAGAGUGCAUCAAAAAGAACUUUAAAAAUGUGGUUACUUCCAGCAGGUUUGACUGCUUAUUAACUUUGUCAAUUCAGAUGCUUUCUUAAAUUGGACAAAAAUGUUAGUACUAUCAUAAUCCCUAUAAUUUCUUUUUUAAUUUAGUUGGCUAAAACCAAAAAUAUUAGUUACUCCUUUGCUUUAUUGGAGAACAGUUAAAAAAAGAAAAAGAGCGAGACACACUCCCCAGUACCUUGAUUCUUAGUAAAAGUUUCUUAGUUUCACAAUAACAAUACUAAACGUAACAUGUCCUUGCAGAGAAGAGAACAUUUAAAUUGUUCAGAUAAAGAUUGUAUUCCUGUAGAUAUCUUUUUUUCUAUACUUGUGGAUUUGAUCCUUCAAUCCCUUUAAAAGCUUGAAUUUUAUUGUAGAAGUGAAGAGACACAUUGAAAUUAAAAUUUGUAAUAAUUUGCCUAGAACAUUAGUCAUUACCAGCAGUUAAUGGUCAAUAUUUUGUUACUGGCCACAUAAUUUCCACUUUGAUUAUUUCAAGCUUCAGUGACUUACUGAAUUAUUUUGCUAUUUUAUAAAACACAUUCUGUGAUUACAGAGGCAUUGUCAUGUCUUAAAGGUUAACUAACGGUAACAUGAACUUACCAAAAUUCCUGGAAAAUUUUCUGAAGCCAAGGUACUAAUGGAACUGCCAAGUAUAAAUUAGUACUCGAAGUUGAAUUUGCUACUUUGGGAAAAUACAACAACAUAAAUCAAUUUCCUGGUAAAAUAGAUGUGAUAUAUUAGCCCGCAUAAUAAAUACUAUGAAGUCUGCUUUCUGAUGCAAAAUUGUCUUACACUUUUACAUUGUACGUUAUUUUAGUUCCAUUGCAAAAACAUCUCAGUAAGUGAUUAAAGAAAACCAUCUUAAUGGAAACUCUUUACCAGUGGUACAGUUUCUCUGUCAAAGGACAUUUCUCAGGUUUUGUAUUGUCUCUUCUGAGAUAAGAAGGUGGUUUGAGUCACACUGCCAAUAAAUGCAAAGAAUUAUCAUACCAGAAUUCAGACUGUGAAGUGAAUUUUUAUAUAUAGACGGAUAAGAGUUUAACAAUCUCUUUGUAUUUUUCCUCUCGUCAUUACAUACUACAGCUAUGUCACAGUUUUGCUUAUUCUGAAGAAUUUUUAAACUCUUACAUUGUUACUCUAAAGCACUGACUUACAGAUGUAAAUCAGAUGGCAGUAAUAAAAGUGAAGCAAAGGUAAUUCAGAAUCCAUUCCCUUUGCCACUUGGACUGGCUAACGUGUUUUUAUUUUUUAACUAUUUGGAUGUGACCAUUCAGUCCAUUGUAAACUUUCUAAUAUGAAUAUUCAGCCAAACUUGCAAUAGGAAAAAAUAAGACCAACUAGAGUGCAAUAAAACGUGAGCUGAAGGCCCUCUUCUGCUAAAUGUUUGUUGACAUAAUAUGGCACAGUUACAAAUUAAUAUUAUGAAUGGCCUGAUAAGACAAUGCACAGGACUAAGUGACAUGCUAUUCCAGGGAUUUAUCUAGGUAUUCUAAAUGCCUAAAUUAAUUUUAUGGUCAAUUAGGUUAUUAGGGACUUACAUUAAUGUACAUUUUCAAAACACUGUAUUAUUUCAUCUUAUUAGGGAAUACUACAAUACUGUAACGUCCAAGUACAGGUUGAAUAUAUCAUGUUUAUCCCUGGGUGAAGAGCUGCAGUACUACUAAGGCAAAUUGGAUGGGAAGUAACAAUUCUCUACAGUAAGUUUUGGGCAUUUUAAAUACCUUCUGGAAAGUUAUAGCACAAGGUGCGAUUGUUUUGUUGUUGAUUUGACAAGGACUGUGAGCCUAGAAAAAUACUGUGUAACUGUCAUGAGAAGACUGAAGAUACCUUUUCUAUACUCUGCCACAAUACAAAUCUACAACUCAAGACGAGUGACACUGACAGAAAACUAACUGCACGGGGUGCAUCGUUGCCUUGAGUGAAGAAAGAUUAAAGGCUCAUAAACAGCAUAUGCUAUACUUAAACAUGCACACAUGCAUCAUACACAGCUUGCAAAAUAUACUCAGAUUAAAACAAAUCCAAAAUCUACAGCUGUGAAUUAAAGUGAUCCUGCUGAUGGCACACUAAACCAGAGCCAACUGUUGCAGUAUGAGCUGUCUGCAACUUAUGAUUUCUUGUUGUAAUAAACUAAAGUCUGUUUAGGUCACGCACUAGACAUCUUCUUGAGCUACCACCAUAUACUGCUCUUAAUACUUUCACCUUGCAGACAAUGAGUAUUUCAUUCUCAAAGUAAGCUAUAUCCAUUAUGUGUUUUCCAGACAACCCAUGUUCAUGUGAUCGAGGUUCUUUGUCAAGUGUACAUACAACAAAAUGAAUACAAAGUUUCACAGAUGAUCUGGAAAAAAAAAAAUACUAAUAGGUCAUAUACUUACGGACUGUUUAUGUUCAAUGAGCAAGAAGAACAGGAUUUAAGUAAACUGCUUUUCAUACUUUUCACAAAUAAAAUUGGGUGUUUUCAUUUCCUUUAA